AUGAAUCAAUCUAAUAACUGUCCCGCCGUAAGUAAACAUUCAUCUUUAAGGCUUUACCUUUCUAAUAUUCCAGCACUUACAAUUCGCAUUAUUUUUCAGUGCCGAAUUACUGUAGUUCAAAUUAGUCGAAAUCAUAUCAUAAAUAACUUAGUAGAUGCUUACGUAAAACAAUACCCUGAAAAAAAACGAAGCGAUGAAGAUAUUGAAGAUUUGAAUGCAAAAAAUAAAAUCACGAGAGAAAUGCUUGAUCCGCAAAAAUUUAUUAAAAGAGCACGAAAUCAAUUUGGCUUCACAUAUUACGAUAGCGAAGGGUCGAAUGUUGAAUCUUACGAUGGUGAUAGCUCAGAUGAGGACGAAAGAUGUAGGCAAUGUCCAGGGAGAAUGUCGUACACCAGUGUAGCAGCUGAUGAUGGCUGCAACAGCGUUACCAUUUCCAGCAACACAUCAGGUUUUACUUGUAACCUUAAUACAAUUCAUAUUUCAUGCCAAUGUUGCUUUGAGCUUCUGCCUGAUCGAAGAUCAGAACCGAUAUCAGAUCGAAGGCCACCUGUUCAAUGCGAACACUGUUCCGGAGUUUAUUGCAAUAUGUACUGGAGGUGCAAUGGAGCUUCUUGUGUUGGAUGCCUAUCUCGAUUUAAGGACAAGGAAUUUAAGGAAGAAUGGCUGAGAGAAUUAAUCAGUGGCAACGUAUAUGAAACUGACAUCUUGAUGAAUUACCUAAAUGACAACCAUUUGACUAUUUCGGAUAUGACAAAAACGAUCUGUAGUAGACUAGCUUCGAAUGAGUAUUCAACAACGAAUUUUUCUAUCGAGCAAGCAUUAUGCCAUCGUUGUUCUAUUUCCGCUUUGCGCCCUUUGGCUUAUUGCUAUCGAAAUGAUAUCCCGAAUACUGAAUUACCUGCUGAAGUAACUCGCCGCCCUAACUGUUGGUAUGGGAAAGAGUGUCGUACGCAAAAAAACAGCUUGGCACACGCAAGAAAUUAUAAUCAUAUCUGCGAAAAUAGGAGAGGGAAAUAG